UGAACCUUCUGAUCAACUAGUGGGUCAGGCGGCGACCCACUGUCUGAUUCAUAUCGCGUGAUUUCUGAUGAUAGUUCUAGAUUAUAUCGACUGAUUGCUGUUAUUGUACGGGGUGCACCAUUCUACUCAUGAGCACGAAAAAAAACGAGUAGGCUAUUUCCGGUUAGGCGCCGUUUCAAAGAUAAUGAAAGUAAAAGGGUAUUGUCACACAAAGGCUAGAUAGGAUAACCUACACAGCAUAUCGUUCUGCAGUCCCUAUACGUUUUCUUCAAGCAUGGAUAAAUUGAGAAAGAUAAAGAUACCUCUGACAGAAAUCUUGUCAGCGGAUGCCGGUUUCAUCCUUCAGCAUGUAGACCAGGAGGGCCUGGUGACUCAACGCGAUUACUUGAACCUUAUAAAGGGCAGUCAAUUAAAUCCAGAACAAUCCAUCAUCAGUCUGCUGGAUACACUCAUAUUGAAAGGAGGAGAUGAGAAAUGCACUAGAUUCCUGACCCUGUUGCAGCAUCCAGGCAUCAGAUCAAACUUCUCCAGACUGGGAGAAAUCAAAGACAUUGACAUAGCUCCGGCACCCAGUAGCCCAGCACCCCCAGACGCUGUCCCAACCUCUGCCUCCUCCACAGUCCACACCCGUGGCCCAGCACCCCCAGACGCUGUCCCAACCUCUGCCUCCUCCACAUUCCACACCCGUGGCCCAACCACAUCAGGUUCAAAAAUUCCAACUACUCCUGUGAAAAAGACAAACCGGAGAAGUACCACUGCGUGUGGAACCAUCAAAGACGUUUCUGAGAUGAAGAUGGGGCAGACGGGGGCGAAAUACUUCCUAGCUGUUCUAAUCCAAGAGGAUGGGCCCAUGGACAUUCUCAUUUUGGAUCAAGAUAAACGAAAUAACUUUGUAGGAGCAGCGAAGAGAGGGUCUUCUGUAAAGUUGAAGAGAAUCUCAUUCGAGAAACUUGGAAUUAACAAGUUCCGAGAGGGGAUAAAGUUCACAAACAAAUCCGAAUUGACUUUCACAAGAGUCAAAAACACUAUAAAGAUGGAACCCACUGCUGAUGAAAAAGAAUAAACACAUUUAAAAAAAAAAAC